CCUUCACUCCAACUUUCAGGAUCUCUCUCCAACCUUCCCCUGCGCUUUAAGACCUUCAGCUAUAAGUAUUGUACUAACCAUAGUAUCCUUAGUCAUCGGCAAUACGAUUUUAAGACACCCAAUUCUCCGUUUCCGAAUUCUGUUUAGCAAUGGCUUCGACUGUAUCUUGCUCAUUUUCACCAUUGGUAUUAAACAAGGCUAAUCUGCCCUGUUCUACUAAUGCUAUAAAGCCAUUCACUGUAUCUUUUCUGUCCAAGAAUUCUUGCAACAGCCGGCUGUCUGUUGUAAGGGCAGAGGCUACUCGGGAUCAUAACAGAGAUACAUCGGUGGACGUGCAUGUUAGCAAAGAUAAUAAAGGCCAAGAGAGAGCUGUUGAGAAAAGGCCUAAACGGUUGGCUAUGGAUGUCUCUCCUUUUGGUUUGUUGGACCCCAUGUCACCUAUGAGAUCAAUGCGUCAAAUGAUGGACACAAUGGACCGGAUAUUCGAGGACGCAAUGACAUUCCCCGGCACCAACAGAACACGAGGAGACGUACGUGCACCUUGGGACAUCAAAGAUGGCGAACACGACAUCAAAAUGCGAUUCGACAUGCCAGGGCUCGGAAAAGACGAGGUUAAGGUUUCCGUAGAAGACGACAUACUGGUCAUAAAGGGAGAACACAAAAAGGAAGAAACCCAAGACGAUUGGACAAACAGAAGCUACAGUUCUUACAAUACUAGUCUCCAACUACCAGACAACUGCGACAAAGAUAACAUCAAAGCAGAGCUUAAGAAUGGAGUUCUCUUCAUCUCCAUUCCCAAAACAAAAGUUGAACGCAAAGUUAUUGAUGUAGAUAUUCGGUAAAGAAGUUGAAGUUUCUCUGUAAUUAUAUAAGUGUUUGGUAUAUAUACUAAUGGGAAAUAUCAUGUUGUACAUGUAACAUAGAUUACAAUUAUUGAUCAUUUUCUUCUAAUAUGGAAUCCAGCUUUGGUUUCCAAUUUCUUGGAGAUA